UUCCCCUACCAAUAGUGUACUAAGCAGUAGCUGCUGCUAGUAUUUCUCUUCUCCUGCGCACCAAAACCGUGCCGCCGGCCGGUUGCCGCCACUGCAAGCCUGCUUGCACCUCUCGGCCGCGCCCGCCCUAUAUCUCUCGCUGGCUAGUCGCUCCCUCCCUGGCCGUCUCUCAGUCUCAGCUAGGGUCUCCCACGCUCCUGAUACCACCGCUUCAGGCUUCACAACUCACUGAACCCACCGGUCUCGAGUUCCUAAGGAUAUGAAGAUUUUCAGUUGGGUAGCGAACAAGAUCGCCGGGAGGCCAGAGUCGAAGCGACCUGCCGCCACUUCUACCGCGCUUUAUCGUGGCAACGUGCCGGAAUGUCGCAACGACGAGUUCAGUGAUUGGCCACAAUCAUUGCUUGCAAUCGGGACAUUUGGAAACAAGCAGAUUGAGGAAGAAGCACAGAGUUCAUCCCGGAAUGUGCAGACCGUGCAAGAUUCAGUGAAGUUUACGGAGGAGGAAGUGGACAACAUCCGAAAGGAAUUCGAAGUGCUGCUAGAAGGCAAUGACCAAGCAGAAGUUCAGGGCUCAUAUGCUGAUGAACAGGCAGCUUCACAAAAACGUGUUGGCGAAGACGUCAACGAGAAGCACCAAGAGCAGUUGAUGAACAAGGAGAUCAUCAUAAGCAAAGCAAAAGAAAUAGUAGGGAAGAAAGGGGUCGCGAUCAAGCCAAGAUCCAUCGCUUCACUUCUCAGACUAUUCGUGUGCAAGGGUGGUUUUACUCCCCCGGUUCCAGACCCAAGGAACUCUUUCCCUCAACCGAGAAUGGAGAAGCUGCUCAAGGCAAUACUGCAGAAGAAAAUACACCCACAAAAUUCCUCCACGGUAGCAACUAGGAGGCAUUUGGACUGGAAGCUAGAUGAGAAAGAAAUCAAUGAGUGCCUCGAGGACGCGCUGCGUGAUCUCGAUGACGAUGGCGCAAAGUGGGUCAAAACUGAUUCAGACUUUAUUGUACUUGAAAUGUAAAGGUGCGCGGAUAUGUUUGUUCUUUUAGGCCAGGUUCCGAAGGUCUUGGCGAGCUUGGUGGGAUCGUGAUAUAUAGAAGGAAAUAUGGCAUAUAGUAAGGAAAGAAGUUAUCAUGUAAUGCACUAAUGCUCCUCCGUUUCUGACAUGAACCAUCUGUUAUAUUUGGAUUAUGAUGAGAAACUUUCGGAACAAAAGCAUAUUCCAUGUCUUAUUCUCUCUUUGGCUAUGAGAUUGUAAAGAAGGCAUCCGAUUUUUCAUUA